AUGCUCCAGAAAGUAUGGUCUUUCUUUCAGUCUUCUAUAUCCUUUCAAGUCCUCUCUGAUCUCCACCCUGAGGUUAACCGGCAGUAUCCAUCUUACGAAACUCCAGGCUGGACAAGGCUGGACAAGGCUAGACAACUUGAACGGGAGCCUUCCUUAAAUGGACCAUUAAUUGUCUUUCAUCAGAAACGGUUUGAUAUCCCGGGUUCUUGUGUCACUAUCCUAGGCUGCACACUUUGGUCAAAAGUGCCUUAUGAAUUGACGGAUGUCAUUUCCAAAAAAAUCGAAGGCUGGUCAGUCGACGACCAUAAUGCAAGCCAGGAUUCAGAUCUCGCUUGGUUACUGGAAGAGAUACAUUUGAUACAUAAGGAAAAUGAAAAGGCAGAAAAUCGGAGUAAAAAGAGGUCCAUUCUUGUUGUGACUCACCACGCUCCUUUACUCCAGAGGACGUCGAGCCCACAACACGCCCAGAACCCUUGGAGCGUUGCCUUUGAGACCGAUAUUCUAUCACAAACACCAGAUGGAGUAGUCUGGGUGUUCGGGCACACACAUCAUACCACUGAUUUCAAAGAGGGAGGGGUAAGAGUUGUGAGCAACCAACGGGGAUAUGUGUUGCCUUGGAACAAUUCGAAGACGCAGGAUAGUUUUGACUUGAGAACGGUUAUACGUGUAUGCAGGUUUACAUGUACUUUUCAGUCUCUAGCCUAUAAUCAUAUCAGCUAA